ACUAUGCCAUAGCUAAACCGGAUCUUCUGUCCCGGAUUGAGCAAGGGGAACGUCCCUCUGCCAAGGAAGAGGAGGCAGCAGUGACGGACAGGGUGAUAACUUCGGAACCCAGCCCAGAAAUCCUGGUUUUUAGACCCUGCCUCUCCUCCCCUGCAGAAGGAGGUCGAGAAGGGGAACACGGGGAAGCACGGACGGUCCCACAGGCAUCCGGCAUUGAUGACAAAGUCACCCAGACAUCCUUCAGAUCCCAAGGGAAGCGAGAUCCAGAGGGGAACGUGGACGCCCCCGACCUCUCAGACAAAAGCAAGCUGCACGUCCCGCCGAGCAUGGAUGACGGGUUGGCCUUCAAAGCCGAGGUGCUCCAAGCUCAGCGAGCGCUGUGUGAAAGUUUGGGGCUCAAGUGCACAGACAAGACUCUCCUCCACGCUCACCCCCAAGCAGCCUCCGUUGCCAGCCGGUACUUUGUACAACAGCAAAGGGACGCCAAGAAUCCCAGACAGGAAGAAGGUGGCUUCGGAAGUCCUGAUGCCCUGACAGACUUCCGCGACUGCCUGGAGGACAAAAUGUUUGCCUGUCCAGACUGCGGGAAACAUUUCCGCCUUUACAAGAGCCUUGUGUGCCACCAGAAAAGCCACGCCGCAGCACCAGUGGCCUGCAAAAAGAGCUUCACAUACAAGCAGCAGUUCACCCUCCACCAGCACAUCCACACCGGGGGUGGUGGGUACACCUCAGUGGCCUGCGAGGAGACCUUCAAGCAAAGCCAUAAUUUGAAGCCCCUUCCUCGGGGCCCGGAAGCCCUGCUGGACGCCAUCUUCAUUUAGUCCGGUCCUGCGAGGAUGCUAUGCCACCUCAAAAACUGGUACUUCUGGGUGGACUCCCCCUCUCUAGACCGGAGUUUAGAUUCCGGAGAUGAUGCUCUGUCGUAGCGAGGACAUUUUUGUACGGGGUCUCUAACAAUGCUUCCAAACGGCGAAAACUAACAAAAAGGGGUAGUAGCCAGGAUUGUCAUUUCGAUCUUCUUUGCAAUGUAAAAUACUGUAGGUAUUGUGUUGUUCUCCUAAUCACAAGGUCUCCAUGUCAAAGUCCUGGAGAUGGGGGACUGUCCAGAAGCGACCUCUCGGUUCGCUGUUGGGCAAACUCAAAUGGGUCUGAGCAGGACACUUUUUUUUAAACGUAUAUUUUCUGGAUUUCUUUUUUCUUUGUUGUUCUGUGGAAACUGAGAAAUAAACUAGAGAUGUGAAGAAAUGGCUUUGUGUACGGCCCUUGUCCCCGUCCCCCCCCC